AAAAGUUAUAUAUUUGACAAGAUGCAAUUAUUUAAAGAGGACACCUAACUUGUCCAAGUGCAUGAAUUUGAAAAAAUUGGUUCUCAAAGAUUGCAUAAGAUUGGAAGAAAUCAAUAGCUCUAUCGAUCAGCUGGGCCGCCUAAAGUACUUGGAAAUCAAUAAGGAGAACCGCGUGUCAAGGCAGUCUCUUAAGCGUCGUUGCCUUAUGGAACUGACCAUUCCUCAAUUAUUAGUCUCAAUUGGUAGUCUGAAAUCCUUGUCAAUGCUAAAGGUCGAAAAUGAGGGUGGUGUUGAAGGACUUUCACACUCAAUAGGAGAGCUAUUGUGUUUAAAGCAUCUUUCUUUACAUGGAUGUACCAAGCUUGAGCAACUUUCGAAUUCCAUCGGAGAGUUGAGAUUGCUCCUCUAUCUGGAUUUAUCUUGCACUCCUAUAAGGGGAUUACCAGAUUCUAUUGGAAGACUAGAAUCACUACUCAAAUUGGAUUUAUCUCAUACACUUAUUGCAGAAUUACCCAAUUCUAUUGGCAAUCUUAGACAGUUGAAGUUCAUGAGUUUGGAUGGGACCAAGAUAAGAGAGCUACCGAAGAGCAUAUGGACUUUGGAGAAUCUUGAGGAGUUGACUACAAGAGCUUGUGUAGAUCUCGUGGGCGAAAUUCCCAGUGAAAUUGCAGGAUUGCUCCAAUUGAAGAUUCUGGACUUGUCCGAGAGCAAGGUUUGUAGAUUGCCAAUGACAAUCAAUCAGCUUUCUAGUCUUCGAGAACUUGUUUUAUCAGAUUGUAACCAGCUCCAGUCACUGUCAAAUUUCCCGAAAAGAUUGACAAGGCUAGAAUUGUCCUCUUCAUUAUUGUGGACAGCACCCGACCUCUCGAACCUCACUAAUCUAGUUAGUCUGGACAUAAGUGAUUACUCUCCUGACUCUGAGUCUCCCAAAAUUGCACAAGGACCAAUUUCCCAUCCGAACCUAGAGAGGCUUGGAAGCCUUCAUAAAUUGCAGAUGUUGAGACUGGUUCUUUCCGAUUCCAACUUGCCACCGAUUGACUUGAGCUCCCUUUCUCGGCUCUGGUCACUUGAAAUUACUUGUGCAGACCCGCGGUCUCUGACAGCGCUUCCGUCCAAUUUAGAAAUCUUGAGCUUACAAGAUGUGAAGACCCCAAUAGAAUGGCCAAUGUUCUCCAACCUGGGAAAUUUGUCGGAAUUAAUGCUCUCUCGUUGUCUGUUAAGAGAGAUCGAGUUCAGCGAUGUGCUUGGACAGCUAGAGAAUCUCCAGCGACUGCAAGUGCGCAAGUGCGAGCCACUCGUGAGGCUAUCCAAUUUAGCGAGCUUAAAGGAGCUCCGACUGCUGAGCGUGGAGUACUGCCCGCAACUAACUGAGAUUGAAUCCCAACCAUCUCCAGUUGGAGACUGCAGUUCCACGGAAAGGCCCAUUCCUGAUGCCCUGAAGCUAGAGAAGCUCCGGUUUUGAGAGUCUACUACUGUGAUACGUUGCGAAAGUUGCCUGCUAUACCAAAUGCGUGUGAUGUCGACGUUAUCCCUUGGAACUUUGCAGAAAGGUUUGGAAUAGGUCGGUUCUCGCAGAUGCGUGCUCUGUAAUAAAGCACGUUGAAGAUGAAGAAGAAGAAGACAUAUAAAAGAAGGGCAAUAGGCGAGGCCCGCCCAAGCACUGGAACCGCUACGCGUGGAAGCCCAACGCCGGUGCUAAAAGCAACGAAACGGAAGUUGGAGGGAAGUUCCGGCCACACUCCGAGAUAAACGCUGUUCCCGCAAGUAUAAGCCCCUCAAAAGAAGUAAUUCUAGGAGGGCCUCCAGAAAUCGCCGAAGCCCGAGACUCUGCAGCCGCUGCAGCCGAAUCCACCGGUUGCUGUCGCCGAGCUUGGCCAAGAGCUCCUCCCAGAAGGUGGCAUUCGGCCACUUCUUUGCUGCCUACUUCCACACUCCUCUGCCCCGAGUCCCACCCGGCCUGCAGGGCAUCUCCGAGCAAUCUGCUGGACUCAAACACGCUCGAAGGACAAAAAGGAAAAUGAGCUCUUGGAUGGUAAAAAAUGGUGGAGCCGUAAACAGAGGUGUCUCGGCCAAAUCCGCUGGACCUGAACACGCUUGAGAGACAAAACAGAAAUGAGCUCUCAGAUGGAAAACUACACCACCUGCAGGAGUAUGGUGUCAUUUCCAGACAAAUCAUUUCCAGAAGCAACCCACAUUACAAUUCAAUUUAUAUAUGGUCACUUCAGUGGUAUAACCAUUUAGUCUUAGGUUUAUUAUGCUUUAAUCAAAUUUAGGCAUUGACAGAUAUAGGGGUUCAAUGUGCUUCAAUAAUAAGCACAGGACAGACAUUGAUUGCAUGUACCUUCACCCACUCUCUGUGAAUUUCAUUUUGCUUGCUACCUCUUUUGCCCCAACUCUUUAUAAUGCUUGGAAAGUGUUGUCUCCCUGUCAGAAAUACCUGAUAUACAAUCUUAAUGCAUGCAUAUUCAUUCUAAAAGGAUAGAGAAGUAUUGCCAAAUACAGUUGCAUGAAUUCUCUUCCAAUACCCCCUUCACACCAGCACUGAGCCUAAAUUUGAAACAACUGAGGGAUUGGUUGCUUCCAUCAAUCUCCUGGUAGUUAAAGUUUAAACCACUGUGCCUUGGUUGUUGAGAAAUCUAAACUACGUUUCUUGCACAUUUAACUCUGCUUGACAAGUAUUGUCUGCUUCUAAGCUUCUAAUCAAUUCACGGCAGCCCUAUUUUAGAAAGUGACAUUGCAUGGCUAGGACUCUCGUGCGCUUCUUCAUUAUCUCUUCAUGCAAUUCAUCUAUUUCCAAUUUCAUCUUUUAAUGUAUACAGCAGAUUGUCCACAAUUUUAUUCAAAAACCUUAUGCACUUGGCUUAAAGCUACUCAGUUUGCCGACAGCUGAUAGUUCCUUUGAAACUCUGUUGGGUAGGGAUAUAGCGAGGAAAACAGACUUAAUCUGUUUUGGAUAUAAAAGCAACAAGAUUCAAUCCAUAAAAUGCAAAUGCUUGUGGUAUAAUCUUGGGGCAAAACUGGCAUAAGUGUACAGAAGAGUUGACCCUAUGUAAAAAGUCAGGAACACCUUACUGUUUCGCAAUACUUGAUACAGAGUAAAAGGUGUAAGGAGGUCGAGUUUAGCAAAUUUUUGUAAUUAGCAAGGCCCUUCUGUUCCGAUAUUCUUUUCAAGUUUUGGGAACUUCAAUGAUGUGUUUGCUUACCAUCAAGAGGGUCCUCAUGGCUGUGAUCCUUGCUUGACCUCUUUGAUAUCUACGGUGGUCUUCAUAUGAUUUCCUUCAGGACAUGAUGAAACAUCUCUGGAGAGCAGUAUGUCGCUCACUGUCCUUAUAUCUAAUCCAUCUGAUAUUUUUUCCAAGCAGUUAGUGAAGGAAUUUGUGCUUCGGGAAUUUUUAGAUUGUAAGUCCUUGGAACCGCUCUUUCCUAUGGAAUGACUGCUAUAUGAAUGUUAUGAUUCUACGGCAUCACAAAAAUGGAUGAUGCAAAUCUUUGUGGAAGAUUGACGUGCUUGCAAGGUGUGCUAGUGACUGUCUACCCAUUUGCGGCAUCAAAUGUCUACUCAGACUUGAAAGUUGCCUCAGUUGUCAAGUUUGACACAAUUUCCUCAACGAUCCCGCUUUGAAGGUCUAGUCGAACUCCCAAGUGCACCAGCUGUGGACAUACUCUUGCAAUCACACACCAUCGGCCAUGGAUGUUGGUGAAUUAGUGCCCCCUAUUCGAUCCACCAUUCGUCUCGCUAGUAUGCCUGGAGCAUAAGGAAUGUGAGAGGAUUAGCAAAUAUGAUAAUUCCAAUCCAUUGAUUAUUAGGUCCCUGUUUUAUUAGGGAUAUACCCAUAUGGCACUCUUUUAUUUUAUGUUUGGAUACUUAUCCAUCUGAGCUAUGAGAACACAGUAACUCAUAACUAUUUACAAGAACAUACAAUGAAAUGUUGAAAAUUUGACAGGGUGAUCUUUUGAGUGAGCGCAAUUGGUACGGUCAAGAGUUUUUUAUUAAGCCAAAUAUCUCGAAUUUUUUCAAUUAAACGUAUCACAUUAAUUUUUUCUGCAAAGCUUUCCGUGUUCAAUUCUUAGUAUUUCUCUGCAAUUUGUUGUUUGGAGCUAAUAAUCUGCUAAUUUUUUAGUUUUGACUUCCUAAAAAUGGGUCAGGUUUUAUGGUAAAAUCGUUGGCUUGUGCCAUCAUAUCAAUCUGCUUCAACUAAUAGAUAUCAGCCUCCCUGCGAAGAUGACCGACAUGUUCUGCAAUGAAGAUAAUUUUGGAGGUUUAUUUGGUGGGCCAAAUAAAAGGGACUUGCUCUGUCCAACUAUGUUCUUGGAAUUGCCAAGAAACUAUACAUGAACAGAAAAAAUUAGAGCAACGUUUGUAUGCACAUGCUUUUGCGCCCGUGUGUUGUACUAUUGAGAAGCCCACCCAAACCAACAACUCUUGGCUACCCCUUGUCAACACAGAAUUUGAAUGGCCCUGACUGAGAUACAGAAGGAUAUUAGUGCUAAAAAUCUUAAUUGAUGAAGGGCCAAAUAUAAUUGCCUAUCAUGGGUGUGCCGCCAAUGAAUGGUUAGUUGUUGCUAAGUUUUCACCCUUUUUCUCCUCUGAUUUUUUCUCUUUUACUACUAUAGUUGUUAUCUUAUAAGCUUGACAUCAUUCUGUGAAUCUGCUCCUUGUAGUUGUAGAGAGUAGUUCUGCAGUUUCGGCUCAGACAGCUGGAAUUGAUUUGCUUAAAGCCUUGUCUCAAAUUAUUGAUCCGACUUUUUCAUGUGGUUUUGUUAUGGACCUCCCGACAGAUGAAGCUCUUCGAGAGGUUCUUAAAGAAUCAAUAUGGGAUCUCAGUCUUUAUACAUCUGUAAGGAAUGACACCCUUACCCUACACAUGCAUGUCCAAUCACGGACAUGGUAAAUUACCUUUGUUGCUUGAUCAAUCACCAAAUACAUGCUCAGUGCACUAGAUGUUCUGACUUGUGCAUUAAUUACUUUUAGAAACCAUUGUCACCUCGUUUUGACAUCCUUCCGUAAAUCUCUCUGUGCAUGUACAAUUUCCAAAGACCCACGGAGCUAAUCUAGGCAAAAAAUUUCUGCUUCAUUAUGGUUUCGUAAGAGUCUUUGCCUGAUAUAUGAGGUUUCUGAACCUUAAAUAGUUUGACAGCAUGAGCGUCGCUUGACAGUUUGAGCAGCGGGCAAAUGAGGUGGUGGCUAAUCUUCCUUGGGUCAAGAAUGUUGAAGCAACCAUGUCAGCAGAACUGGCAAUACCUGUUUUCACAGGUCAACUUCCUCCAGGGUUACAGAUGAUCUUGAACAUUGUAGCAGUUUCAAGUUGCAAGCUGUCAUUAUGAUAAAGUCAUCAAGGCAAUCAAAGUGAAGGUUCUGGGGUCAGAGGAGUUCUUUCUACACCCUGCGACCGUGAGAAGGAACGACCGAUCAGCUCAAAGUGCGGGUGGUUGGACAGGGGAGCGAAAACUGCAGUAUUCUGAUGUACUGGAAGACAUCAAACCAGAAGAAAUUCGAGCAACAGGAAACUAUUCCUUGUGAUGGAUUUAAUCAGAUUGCUGCAUAUGUUCAGUUGCAGAUGAUGGAGCGGCUGGUCAGUGUUCCUGCAAGAUCUUGACAUGUUCACUCAACGCAAGUAGAUCAAAGCUUUGGUGAAAAGAAUUGGCAAGCAUCAAAAUUCUCUCAAGAAUAGUAAUCAACAUCCAUUUCUCUCCACCCUGCCAAUGGCUUUCAAGUAAAUGUGGCAGAUUGGAGAGUGCGAGUAGUUCGAACAGUGAACACAGAGAGACAUUCUAACACGGAGGGCUUCUAUAUGUGCUUCCUCUCUCCCCUCUUCUUUUUCAUUUUAUCUUGGGAAAUUCAUGUAAGAAUCUCAGAAUAUAAGAAAUUCCAGUACAUGCACUUGCUUCAUUUUAUUAAUAAGCAGUUAGGCGUUAUAUAUUUAAUGCCCUCAUGUUCAAUUCCGUCUUUAUGUUAUGCUUGAAACUUAGAUUCUCGUCAUUGUUUUAUCUGGCUGAGCUGUUGAACCGCAAUGAAAGUUUGAUGGUGAUGCACAGAUUUGGCUAU